AUGGCCACCACAACUGUUCUUGAGAAGAAUAUCGGCGUCUUCACCAACCCGAAGCACGACCUUUGGAUUGCCGAAUCUAAGCCUACCGUUGAGGAGGUAAAAAGUGGUCAGGGCCUUAGGCCAGGAGAGGUCACCGUUGAGGUGCGUAGCACCGGUAUUUGCGGAUCCGACGUCCACUUCUGGCAUGCAGGAUGCAUUGGUCCCAUGAUCGUCACGGGAGACCAUAUUCUGGGUCACGAGUCUGCCGGACAAGUUCUGGCGGUCGCCCCGGAUGUCACGUCGCUCAAGGUUGGAGACCGGGUCGCCAUUGAACCCAACAUUAUCUGCAAUGCAUGCGAGCCCUGUCUGACUGGACGAUACAAUGGCUGUGAGAGGGUCGCUUUCCUCUCAACUCCACCUGUUGACGGUCUGCUUCGGCGCUAUGUCAACCAUCCUGCCAUUUGGUGUCACAAGAUCGGUGAUAUGAGCUACGAAGAUGGUGCUCUGCUGGAACCCCUCAGUGUUUCGCUAGCCGCGAUUGAGCGCAGCGGUCUUCGUCUUGGUGACCCUUGUCUGAUCACGGGGGCUGGCCCUAUUGGUCUUAUCACUCUGCUCAGCGCGCGCGCCGCCGGUGCUACCCCUCUCGUCAUCACCGAUAUUGAUGAAGGUCGCCUCAAGUUCGCAAAGGAGCUUGUACCGGAAGUCCGCACAUACAAGGUGGAAAUCGGCGUUUCUGCGGAGGAGACUGCCGCGGGUAUCGUCAACGUAUUCAACGAUGGUAAAGGUGAUGGUCCCGAUGCGCUGCGACCCCGGCUGGCUCUGGAGUGCACAGGUGUCGAGAGCAGUGUCGCGUCUGCCAUCUGGAGCGUCAAGUUUGGCGGGAAAGUCUUUGUGAUCGGUGUCGGAAAGAACGAGAUGAAGAUUCCUUUUAUGCGCCUCAGCACCCAGGAGAUUGAUCUGCAGUAUCAGUACCGGUACUGCAACACUUGGCCGCGUGCAAUUCGUCUGGUGAAGAACGGCGUUAUUGACUUGAAAAAGCUCGUCACCCACCGCUAUGCUCUGGAAGAUGCCCUGAAAGCAUUUGAGACGGCCGCGAACCCGAAGACCGGAGCCAUCAAGGUCCAAAUUAUGAGCUCAGCUGCAGACGUCGAGGCUGCUUCCGCUGGUCAGAAGAUCUAA